AUGGGACGCGACACUGUAUUGUCCCGCGCGGCCAUUGAGACCAUGGUCGCCAGUGGCGAUGCCGUUGUCAUCUUCGAGGACUAUGUGCUGCGGCUCAACUCGUGGCUGCCCAUCCAUCCCGGCGGCGACCUCGCCAUUCGACACAUGAUUGGCAGAGAUGCGACGAGCGAAAUUACUCUAUAUCAUGCGGCUCAUACCCUUAAGACUAUGAAGGCCUUUCGGAUCGGCCGGAAGCCUACGGGUCCCUGGGCUAACAUGACACCACCAAUCAGGGCCGCUUCAUCGAGCGAUCAAUUGAUCAAGUCCGCGCCAUCCGCGAAUACGGCUUUAGCAGAGAAGCAUGCCUCGGACCAGGGUGUCGUUGAUAGCGUCGGCGUUGAUAAUAGCAUCCCGAGCGCGGCCGCCCUAUCCGAAAAGUCCCCGAGAGCCGGCUGUCUACAGACAAGCAGCCAGCUGCAGCCGACCUCGUGCUCACGCCGACCGUCCCCCAGUGGCACCCCUGUGACCACGAUACCGCCUCCUGUCGUUGUCGAUGAAAAGGCGCUUGAAGCGGCCAGUCUGCUGCCGCGCGGCCGCAAGUACAUGUCGCCCGAGCAGUACACAGAAUGGGCCAUGCAGCAGCAGCGCGAGACCGACAUGGACGAGUAUCCAUCGCUCGAGCAGGAUGUCCAGCUGGCCAUUACAGCAAAAUACAUGAAGCUUCAUGAGCAGAUUGAUGCCCAGGGACUGUACGAGUGCCCUUAUCUAGAGUAUGGCAAAGAAAUGGCACGCUAUCUGACGCUCUUUGCCAUUUCCAUGUUUGCCUUGCACAAGGGCUACUACCUCGUUUCGGCGCUGUUUCUUGGAUUUUUCUGGCAUCAAAUCAUGUUCACAGCCCACGACGCUGGACAUCGCGCAAUCACGCAGAUUUUCGAGGUUGAUACUCUGAUUGGCAUGUUCAUUGCCGACUUUUGCUGCGGAUUAUCUAUCGGCUGGUGGAAGAGCAGUCACAAUGUCCACCAUCUCAUUACCAACCAACCAGAACACGAUCCCGAUAUCCAAAACGUUCCCUUAUUCGCUACCUGCCCUUCCUUUUUCAAGUCACUCCGCUCCUCCUACUACGACUUCACCUUUGUCUGGGACCGUGCCGCCGAGAUUCUCGUCCCGUGGCAAAAGUACACAUACUACCCCAUCAUGGGUAUUGCGCGCUUCAACCUGUACCUGCUUUCCUGGAUCCAUGUUCUCUUCAGGUCAUCGCAGCUCGGCGGCAGCAAGGCCUGGUGGAUCCGGCCGACCGAGAUUGCCUUUAUGGCCUGCUACUGGUUCAUCUUUGGCUACCUGCUGCUGCUGCGGACGCUGCCCGACUGGCGCACGCGCGUCCUCUAUGUUCUCGUCUCUCACAUCAUCACCAUGCCGCUGCAUGUCCAAAUUACCCUGUCUCACUGGGGCAUGUCCACCGCCCACCUAUGCGAGGACGAAUCCUUUCCCCAGCGCCAGCUACGCACCACUAUGGACGUUGACUGCCCCGCGUGGCUCGACUUUAUCCACGGCGGCCUGCAGUUUCAGGCCGUCCACCACCUGUUUCCGCGCUUGCCUAGGCAUAACCUGCGUAAAGUGCAGAACAUGGUGAGGCAGUUUUGCGAUGAGACGGGCAUUCCCUACUCGAUUCUGUGUUUUACCGAUGGCAACCGUAAAGUCCUGGGUCGACUCGACGAGAUUGGCGGGCAGGUCCGCAUUCUUGUCAACUGUCAAAAAUACAUGGUCGAGACGGGCGAGAGUGGUUUACAUUGA